UCCUCUAAAUCGAUAUGGCAGCUCUGCCACAUAUCACAGCUGUUUUACUGUGGAAUGCAUUUCGGAUUCCGUGAUCUUGUUAUUUAAUAACUCAUAAAUGUGUAAUUUAAUCAAUUAAAAAUAUUAAGAUGCUAAUUUUACGUCACAUGCGUCCUGGUAGUGGGCUACCAUGGAUUAGCUGGCGUCGUUUAAUUACCCAAAGUUGCACAGGAAACAAGAACUUAGAUCUGACAAAUGAGGUAAAACAUAGAAUAGAAGGCCACUGGAAAGAGCACCUCAGCGGCGGGCAGUUUGACCCCCAGAAUACCAAAAACAAGUACUAUGUACUCUCAAUGUUUCCAUAUCCAUCGGGAAAUCUCCAUAUGGGCCAUGUGCGAGUUUAUACCAUCGCAGAUGCUGUGGCACGUUUCCAGCGUAUGUGCGGCAAGAAUGUGUUCCAGCCCAUGGGGUGGGAUUCAUUUGGGCUGCCGGCAGAGAAUGCUGCCAAUCAACGGGGAGUGGAACCGGCUUCUUGGACGGAGCAAAACAUAGACCAAAUGAGGAAGCAGCUUAAAAGACUGGGAUGCUCCUUUGACUGGAACCACGAACUUUCCACCUGCAGUCCCCAGUACUACCGGUGGACUCAACAUCUGUUCCUCAUGCUCCAUCGCCACGGAUUGGCCUAUCAGAACGAGGCUUUGGUGAACUGGGAUCCGGUCGACAAGACUGUGCUGGCAGACGAACAGGUGGAUGCCAAUGGUUGCUCCUGGCGUUCCGGGGCUAAGGUGGAGAAAAAGCUGCUGCGCCAAUGGUUCAUUCGGACGAGUGCCUACGCAAAGCAGCUGCUGGAUGGACUGGAGGAUCCGACACUGCGGGAUUGGCGGGAUAUAAUUAACCUGCAACGCCAUUGGAUUGGAGAAUGCGAUGGUCAUGCCUUUACGCUGUUAACCUCCGCCUCCGGGCUGCUACGUGUUUGGACCGCUCAUCCCGAACACCUUAAAGAUCCUCAUGCGUUUUUGGUCCUUCGUAGCAACCACCAUCUGUCGAAGAUAGAAGAUUCCAGCAUUCUCAGCGUGGAGAACCCCUUUGCGGGCACUACAAUGCCUGUGGUAUUUGGUGAUAAUGUGAAAUUCCCGUCAAAGUGCGAUGUUUACCUAGCAGCCCCCAGUUUCCGCAGCGAAGACAAAGAGCUCUGGGACUCGCAUGGCCUGGCGUUUUGUUCCAAUGGUCACGAUGAAGCAAGUCUGAAUCCUGGUAACUGGGAGCUUCUUCGAAAGGAGGUCUUGCAGGCAGCAACUCGCUUGAAUGUGGGAGGCUAUCGAGUGUCUUCCAAGCUGCAAGAUUGGCUGAUCUCGCGGCAACGCUAUUGGGGAACCCCUAUUCCCAUAGUACACUGUUCCAAAUGUGGCGCAGUGGCUGUGCCAGAGGAACAGCUACCAGUCACCCUGCCGCCAAAGAACUCGCCCAAGGAAGCAUUUCUCUGCGAGUGCCCAAAGUGUGGGCAAAAGGAUGCUCGACGUGAAACCGAUACCAUGGACACAUUUGUGGACAGCUCCUGGUAUUACCUGCGUUACUUGGAUGCCCAAAACUCUGAGCGUAUUUUCGACUCGGAGCUUGCCAAUCGCUUCAUGCCCGUUGAUUUGUAUAUUGGCGGAAAAGAGCACGCCGUGCUGCAUCUGUAUUAUGCCCGUUUUAUGAACCACUUCCUGCACAGCUGCGGACUUUCCCCCACGAGCGAACCCUUCUCCCGACUGCUGGUCCAGGGCAUGGUCAUGGGUCGCUCUUUCAGGGUGAAAGGCAGUGGUCGUUAUGUUCCAGAAGCAGAGGUAGAGGUUGUGAACGCCAAGAAGAAUCAAGCCGUGCUAAAAGAAACCAAAGAACAGGUGGUCAUGGGCUGGGAAAAGAUGUCCAAGUCGAAGCUGAAUGGCGUAGAGCCUAGCGACAUGUUCGAUGAAUAUGGUACGGACACCACGCGUCUCAUUAUCCUGGCCGACGUGGCGCCCACUUCCCAUCGCAAUUGGUCCAGUGCGACGUUUCCUGGCAUUCUUAACUGGCAGAAGCGUUUGUGGCUAACUCUGGAGGACUUCCAAGCCGCCAGAGAAGAUACAUCUCCUGCUCAAGUGGACGUUAACAGCGAGGAGUUCCUUGCUGACGAUGCAAAGCUCUUUGAUGCAAGAAACUUCUACGUUAAAGGAGCUACCUUUAACUAUCGGCAUGCUCAUCAAUUGAGUGUGGCUAUCUCCAAGAUGCAAGGACUGACCAACUCCCUGAGGCGAACACCCAAACACAUACUGCGCCAUGGGAAGCAAUUUGAAAGGGCCCUAGCAGCCCAAAUCAUCAUGCUGGCACCGAUGGCGCCGCAUUUUGCCUCCGAACUGUGGUCCAAGUUUGUGGCUGUUCCAGGAAGACUGAAUCCAGCCAGUCAGGAGCUGCAGUGGACCGAAGAUGUGCUGGCCCAGCGUUGGCCGGACAUUGACGCCGCCUAUAAUCUCGACCUGAGCAUCAAAGUGAAUGGGUUUGAGAACUGUGUGAUCAAGGUGCAACGUACUCUCCUCGACAAGGUAUCGCACAGCGAUGCCUUGGACAUAGCCUUCAACACGGAGUCUGUUACCUCUUACCUCAUUGACAAAAAAAUUCGGACCACCAACUUUGUGCUCUACCCGGGCAUAGAAGCGAUUUUGAAUAUCUAUGUGGAUAAGGUACAGAAGAAGCAAAAGCCGGAAAAAAGCGAUGAUGCGGAGGCUCUGCCUCGGGUGUAGGAUAAACAAACUAGAAAUUAUAGGAAUCGGAGCAAUACUACUUAUUUAAAACUAGGUAAUUUAGCAAAGAUGGAAUGAUUUUAAAUAGUAAACAUUUUUUUAUUUUUAA